CUAUCAUCUCUCGACUUUUUCUCGUCAACGUCCCAACACUCGCUGCGCCCAUGCGCUAGCCCUGCAUCCGAGGGUAAGACACUGCACAACGCUCUUGACUGACCACUCCCCGCCUCGCUUCGCCCCAGACCCUUUGCGGGGGUAUCCUGGUUGCGUGCAUACCACAGUUCCUUCCGUCUCGACUAGAGCACACCUUCCUUCCCAACACCCUCAACCACCUGGUCAAAAUGGGUAUACAAGGCCUCGCUAGGCGUCUCGAACCCUAUGCGACGCGGCUUUCCUCCGAGCAGCUAGACGGCUACUCCGCUGUGAUAGACGGCCCUGCACUCGCCUACUACGCUCACAAAUUGGCCCUCGCUUCAGCCGCUAGCGCCAUCCGAAUCCCGUCUUAUGCAGACAUCGUCGCUGAAGCACUUCGCUGGCUGACCUCGUUGGAGAAUAGCAACAUCAAGGUGUCUGCCAUCUACUUCGAUGGAGCCUUGCCUACUUCAAAGCGAGCCGAGAGACUGUCCAGGACCGAGGCGAACAACAGACGAGUGCAGCAAUUUCGCAACAACUAUGCUACCGUUUCGUGCCCUGUACCCACAUACUUAGGCUCGAUAUCAUACGCAUUCCUCGCGCCUGCGCUACAAGAAGCGCUACUAAAUUCGCCCUUUGCCUCAAAGACACAUACCGUACCUGGCGAAGCAGACGACUGGUGCGCCUCGCACGCCAAAGAACAUGUGCGAUCCAUCAUCUUCACGAGCGACACGGACCUUGUUCUGUAUGACUACUCGGUAGAUACGCUGAUAGUAUUCCUCCACGAUGCAGACGUAUCUGCUGGCAUCAAAGCGUACUCACCAAACGAAAUCAGGGAUCAGUUACAAGUAACGAGUCUAGUGACGUUUGCAUACACUCUUAUCGAGAACCCGCAGGAUAGUGCGAAGCUUCUAGCUCACCAAGCCCGAGACGUGGACCAGAAGUCUGCACGGUACCUUGACUUCGCUAGCCGAUACGUCGCGAUGGUGACAAGACCUGCUUACCUGGGUGAGCCGGAUCUCGUAGAUCCGCCUCAGAUUGAUGUCCGGCUAUCCGAAUUUGUACAUCAAGCUUUUGACCACCUCCAAACUCCGCAUGUGUAUCUGCCUCUCCUCAUCGAAGAGCCCAAUCAAGCAUCCGCAUGGAACAUAGGCCUUGACAUUCGCAGACUGGCAUACACUCUCCUCGCAACAACGGAGUAUACGGUGGUCCAAGAGUACAGGAGAAAAGCCCAAGGUAUCUCCAUCCAGGAAGUCGUCAUAUACCCGCGAUACUUUCCCGAACACCCAGACCCCGUUCAGAUCCUAGAGGAACAGAUGAGCUAUUUGCAGGAAUGGGCGGUCGCAUGUGAGAUCGGACCAGAGGUCUCAUGGCCGCUCUAUGCUCUUAGGCUGGUUCUUGCCGAACUCAAUACGCCACCUCCGAUUCCACUAGUUCAGCGCGUCUUGAACGGCGACUUUGACAACAGCUGGGACUUCGUACAUCUCACGGCUAGGAUACAUGCUGCUCUUUACUCUCUACGCAUGCUGAGUCAGUCGAUAAAGAUAGGGCAAGCGAUUGACCCUGAGGGUGAACAAAUUCCAGCAGAUGAGUGCAACCGACAGCAAUCGCAUAAUCUUAACCUGCGCAAGAAGAUGUCUAAGAUCGCCGGUCACAUGGCCGACUUCCCUUCCAUACCAGACCUUAUCGGCGUUCCAGGGCAGGCAAAACGCGUCCUAGAAGAACCCGACAUGAUGAAGUCGUGUAUUGAAGAGAUAUACAAAGUGGCUGGUGUGGCAGUGCCGACGGAACAGGUCUCAAACAAGAAGAAGAAGAGGCAGGUGAGAGAGGCGGAAAGAAAGAGGAAGAAGACUGAGCAACGACUGCAGGCAAAGCCACAGGGGAGUAAUGCUUAUACAUUACUGGGUGAUGGUUGAUGGUAAAUGUAAGGACUGAAAAAACGAGAUUGACCGUUUCGAGACUGUCCUCACUUCCUUGAUUAAAGUCCUCAUACAAUUACUGAGCUGUCAGCCGUCCUUGCCUCGUCGUGCGCGCGCACACAACCUGCGGAGACAUGAUGUGCAAUGUCUCAAAUUGGGUUCGCACGGUUUCGUUUGCGCUUCGUACAACCUUUGUACCUAGGUAGUACCGACUCCACAACUUCAGAGUUUCAGAUCAACAAUUAGCCGUAGUGACGUACGGCGCGUUGUUAGCCCGAACACCGUUUUCGGCCUGCUGAGCACGCGACCACC